UCUGAUAAUCAUGUUUGGCAGCAUGCACCCUCUCAACUUCCCCCAAAUCCCGCACCUCGUUCUCCCCAAAACCCUAACAAGAAAAAACCCUAACCCUAACACCAACAACACUAUUCCAUUGGCCACCAAAUCCAAGCAAAGCAAGCAAGAAGAAUACAACAACAACGAUGAAGAAGAUGGUGGCAUCCCCUCCAACGAAGUGAAAACCCUAGUCAAAUUCAAAUCCAACCACAACUACAUCCGCGUCCUCCAAGUCUCCCGGCGAGCCGACCACCACCUCGCUGGCUCUCGACUCCUCCUCCUCGACUCCCCCGGCAACAUCCACAGCAUCUCAUUCCUCUUCAAAUCCCUCACCGCCACUUACUUCGACGUCUUCGCCACAUUCCCCCCAAUCCUCCCCUCCGGCCCAAUCGCCAUCCUCGGCUUCGGCGCUGGAACCGCCGCCAGACUCAUCCUCCAUCUGUACCCUGAAUCGCAGAUCCACGGAUGGGAGCUCGACUCAUCUGUUAUCUCCGUCGGGAGAGAGUUCUUCGGCCUGGAGAAACUCGAGAAACAGAACAAAGGCAAGCUUUUUAUCUACAUUGGCGAUGCUCUGGAUGCCGAGAUCAACGACGGGUUUUCAGGGAUCCUUGUUGAUCUCUUCUCGAAGGGGAGCUUGAUCCCGGAGCUACAGAAGGCGGAGACAUGGAAGAGAUUGAAGAGCAAGUUGAAGAAGGGAGGGAGGAUCAUGGUGAACUGCGGCGGGAGCUGCGUUGAAGCCGAGGAUCCGGAGCGAGAGGGGAACGCGGUGAUGGUGGAGACGCUGAAGGCGAUGCGGGAGGUGUUUGCAGACAAGGUGUUUGUUUUAAAGCUCAGGCAUUGGAAAGAAGAUAGUUGUGUUGCUUUUACUGGGCCUUCGCCGAAUAUGGGCUUUUGGAAACAGGCCUUGCCUUUGGGCUUGAACUCUUAUGUUGAUACGUGGGCUCCUUUGUCAUCCUUGGAACUCUAGUGAA